AGAAUCUAUAAUAUACGUGAAUUUUCUUUACGUGAAGAUCUUUAGUCCUGACAGUAUAUCGGAAAACAAUAUUAGUUACAGUUUUAGUGUAUCUUUUGCCAUUCGAGUAAUAACUUGUACAUUGCAGAUUCUAUCGCAAAAUGAAAUUCAGUUACGUAAUAUUCAUUUGUUCAUUGGUCAUAGUAUCGGCCGUGACAAUGAUAGAACUCACUCAUAGUACCUUCAACUCUUGCAAUCCAGGCCAAUGGAUUAUGACAAAUACAAAAGUCGACUGGAAGAAUAAGACGAAAAUGAUUUCAUGUAACAUUACUUACAAAGAGCUAAACAAUAGCAAAAUCUACAAGAUACACAUUAUGAUGGAUUGUGAGGAUAUAAAUUCUAAUUGUACUAAUGAACCGAUUGUAUGGGUUGACAAUAUUGACUGUAACUCCCAAAAUCUCUCGCUGCCAGUUAUGGAUGCGUGUAAAAUUGGAAAUGAAUUGACAAAGUGGCAAAAACAGAAAGAGUUAUUUGAAGACCGAUAUGGGUCUAAUGAAAAUAUAUUCCUUAAAGCUGUGUUUUGUAUAAAUAUUAUGAACGAUUAUGUCGAUGAUACAGAAUAUUUUUAA